AUGGCCGACGAAGACGACCCUGUGACUAGCACAAGCCGCACCCCGCUCUUCGCCGACCGGGAAGGAGGGCCCCCCGACGCACCAGACCCGCGCGACCAGGAGGAGGACGACGACGACGGCGGCCUCCCCCACGACCGCCGCCGCGGCCGUGGCGGUGGUGGCCCGAAGUGGCGGUGGUGGUGGAAGACGGCGCGCGGCCGCGGCAGGGCGCUGCUGGCGUCGCGGGAGAAGCACUUUGCCAUCAUGGCCAUGGUCUCGCUCGACGUCGUGGCCCUGCUCGUCGACAUACUCGUCUCGCUCGUGGCCUGCGACUGGGGCCGGCAGGACGAGCCGUGGGUCGGCGAGACGCAGGAGGCGACCAAGAUCUGCGGCCUCGUGUUCAGCUGCCUCUUCCUGGCCGAGCUGGCGGUGAGCGUGUGGGCGUUUGGCGUCUCGUAA